AUGGCCGCCAUGCAAAAAGUCUUCGCCGCCUAUGAGGCCCGCCAAGCAGUCCUCGCAGCGAGCACCCACCCCUUCGCCAAGGGCGUCGCCUGGGUCGACGGCGAGCUCACCCCCUUACACGAGGCGCGCAUCCCGCUGCUGGACCAGGGCUUCAUGCACAGCGACCUGACCUACGACGUGCCCUCCGUCUGGGACGGGCGAUUCUUCCGACUCGACGACCACAUCACGCGGCUGGAGAGCAGUUGCCAGAAGCUGCGGCUGCAGCUGCCUCUCCCCCGGGAGGAGGUGAAGCGGAUCCUCGUCGACAUGGUGGCGCAGAGCGGCAUCCGCGACGCCUUCGUCGAGAUCAUCGUGACGCGCGGGCUGAAGGGGGUGCGCGGCACCGACCCCAAGGACAUCCACAACCGCAUCUACAUGUUCAUCCAGCCGUACGUCUGGGUCAUGGAGCCCGAGGUCCAGCCCGUCGGCGGCAGCGCCAUCAUCGCCCGCACGGUGCGCCGCGUCCCGCCGGGCUCGAUCGAUCCCACUGUCAAGAACCUGCAGUGGGGAGAUCUGGUCAGAGGACUGCACGAGGCUGCUGAUCGCGGCGCGACGUACCCCUUCCUCACGGACGGGGAUACCAACCUGACGGAAGGUUCGGGGUUUAAUGUUGUGAUUGUGAAGGAUGGGGUCUUGUUCACGCCGCAGCGCGGGGUGCUGGAGGGCGUGACGCGGAAAAGUGUGAUCGACGUCGCCCGCGCCAACAGCCUUGACAUCCGCGUCGAGUUGGUGCCUGUCGAGAAUGUCUACACGGCCGAUGAGAUCUUCAUGUGCACGACGGCGGGAGGCAUCAUGCCGAUUACCACCCUGGAUGGCCAGCCGGUGAAAGAUGGCAAGGUCGGACCCAUCACGAAGAAGAUCUGGGACGGCUACUGGGCCAUUCACUACGAUCCGGCCUUCAGCUUUGCCAUCGCUUACGAAGACGAGAAGAGGAAGUCAUCGCUGUGA